GGUGAUUGGAGGCGCCCGCAGGCGGCCAAUCGCGGGGAGGCAGCUCAGAGCAGGCGUGGAGCAGAAGCUCAGCCCCGCGCAGGGGACGGGGAGCGGGCUUGCAGGAGAGCGGCGAGGCACUGGCGGCGGAGGCGUUGCCAUUAGUGGAGCGUGUGGCUGGUGCGUGCGAGGAUGCGAGUCAGCAAAGUCUGCCUGCUGGUGCUGCUGCUGGGGCUGGCGCAGCUCGCUCUCUUAGCCCGCUGCCAGGAAGGAGGCGGGGAAGGGGGAGAAUCUGUUACAAAAGAGGAUGCCGACGAUGAUGAUGACGACGACGACGAAGAUGACGAUGAAGAUGAUGAUUCCGAAAUUAAAGAAGAAAAUGGCGUCAUAGUUCUGAAUGAUGCAAAUUUUGAUACCUUUGUUGCAGACAAAGAUACUGUGCUAUUGGAGUUCUAUGCACCAUGGUGUGGACACUGCAAGCAGUUUGCUCCAGAAUAUGAAAAGAUAGCCAAGACUUUGAAGGAAAAUGAUCCUCCCAUUCCAGUUGCUAAAAUAGAUGCUACUGCAGCCCCUGCUGUGGCAGGGGGGCGUUUUGAUGUUAGCGGCUACCCAACCAUCAAGAUUCUGAAGAAGGGGCAGACAGUUGAUUAUGAUGGAUCCCGAACAGAAGAUGCGAUUGUGGCUAAAGUCAAAGAAGUUUCUGAUCCAAAUUGGACCCCUCCGCCGGAAGCUACCUUGGUGUUGACCAAAGAGAACUUUGAUGAAGUAGUGAAUGAUGCUGACAUAAUACUGGUGGAGUUCUAUGCCCCAUGGUGUGGACAUUGCAAAAGGCUCGCUCCAGAAUAUGAGAGAGCUGCCCAGGAGCUCAGCAAACGCACGCCCCCCAUUUCUCUAGCUAAAGUAGAUGCCAUUGCUGAAACAGAUCUCGCAAAGAAGUUUGAUGUCUCUGGCUAUCCAACUCUGAAAAUCUUCCGCAAGGGCAAGCCUUUUGACUACAAUGGCCCUCGAGAAAAAUAUGGUAUUGUUGAUUACAUGAUUGAGCAGGCUGGUCCUCCAUCCAAACAGAUUCAGGCUAUCAAACAGGUCCAAGAAUUUUUGAAGGAUGGUGAUGAUGUCAUCAUCAUUGGAAUAUUCAGUGGAGAGAUGGACAAAGUCUACCAGCUGUACCAAGAUGCUGCUAAUGGCUUAAGAGAAGAUUACAAGUUCCACCACACCUUCAGCAAUGAGAUUGCAAAGUUCUUGAAAGUGACUCCUGGAAAACUAGUGGUCAUGCAACCUGAAAAAUUUCAAUCAAAAGAUGAGCCCAAAAUGAAUGUUUUGGAUCUUAAAGAUUCUACUGAAGGAUCUGAAAUAAAAGAUCACGUGGUAAAACAUGCUUUGCCGCUAGUUGGUCAUCGCAAGACCUCCAAUGAUGCAAAGAGAUAUGCUAAGCGACCUCUAGUGGUUGUCUACUAUACUGUAGACUUCAGUUUUGAUUAUCGUGUUGCUACCCAGUACUGGAGGACCAAAGUCUUGGAGGUAGCCAAAGACUUCCCAGAAUAUACGUUUGCCAUUUCUGAUGAGGAAGAUUAUUCAUCUGAAAUAAAAGAUCUGGGCCUCAUUGACAGUGGAGAAGAUAUUAACGUUGCGAUUCUGGAUGAGGGUGGCAAAAAAUAUGCCAUGGAACCAGAGGAAUUUGACUCUGAUGUGCUCAGGAAUUUCAUUUUGGCCUUCAAAAAAGGAAAGCUGAAACCUAUUGUGAAAUCCCAGCCAAUACCAAAAAAUAACAAAGGGCCUGUGAAGAUUGUGGUGGGCAAAACAUUUGACACCAUAGUAAUGGAUCCAAACACUGAUGUACUAAUAGAGUUCUAUGCCCCCUGGUGUGGACACUGUAAGCAACUGGAACCUGUGUACGCUGAGCUGGGUAAAAAAUACAAGAACCAGAAAAACCUAGUUAUAGCCAAGAUGGAUACUACUGCUAAUGAUGUGACAAAUGAUCACUACAAAGUGGAAGGAUUCCCUACCAUCUAUUUUGCGCCCAGCAACAACAAAAAGAACCCUAUUAAAUUUGAAGGAGGGAACAGAGACUUGGAGCAUUUGAGUAAAUUUGUAGAGGGACAUGCAACAAAACUAACGAGGACAAAAGAAGAACUUUAGAUGAGAUGAGGGUGGAGAAAGAUUUGUCUAUACAAUGUAGGUAAAGCAAGUUACACUCAAAUUUGUUGAGGGAACAAUACAGCAGUUUGAGCAAAGGGGAUUUUUAGGCAGAAAUAAUAUUGCAGUAUCUGAUUUUUAUAUUACAAAAAUAAUCAUUCUGGACAUUGAACUUCUGUCUGAUAUGAAUGUCUUUAGGCUAGUUAUAAUUUUGAUCUUUGGAGGGAAAAAUACAGUCUUUAUUUUUUUGUGACUACCUUGAGCCUGAUUAUUUUUUACUACAAUGUAGUUUGUUUUGUUUUAUCAAAAAAAAAAAAAAAAUUGCCAAAUAGGCUUGCUUCUGUCUCUUGAUAGUUUUUCAAAAUUCUUUUUCUAUUCAAAUUUGAACAGCCGUUUAAUAUGGCUGUAUCACUUUCUGUCUUUGAGGAUGAGAAGGGAAUUUUUAAAUGGAGAAAAGUCUUAUCAAGAUCAGAUGUAAACAAAGGUGCUAACACAAUAUGCUUCUCCACCUGUUUGCUUUUGCAUACACUUCUGUUCCUACAAAACCACAAGGAUGUCUCUGUUCACCAGUGGCUCUCCCAACCCCUUGAUCAUCCCUUACUCCAGGGAUUGCAUUGGAUAUACUCUGAAGUGUAAUACUUGAAGUAAGAAUAUGUGAUGACAUAUCUUGUUUAAUAGGACUGCGUCGUAACAUUAUUGCUGGGUUUAACCAUUAAGAGCUUCAUUUCUUUUUACCAAAGACUUAGGGGCUUUUGUUCAUAGAUGUCUAUUAACAUGAAUCUGUCCAUUUUCUUUAUCCUUUGUGUAUUAAACUCUCUCUAAUGGACCCUAUAGCUGCAAGCUGUGAUGUGAGCACCUGCGCAUUUAGAGCAGGACUGUCCUCUUUCAUUUACUGUACAAGUUGUUGUAUGUGUGCGCCCAAGUAAGACCUCCCCAGGUCUCUUCCAACCCUAAAUGCCUACCUGCACUGGGUUACCACAGGAAUAACUGCUGCUGUGGACUGUGUGUUUCAGGCACUCGAUCGUAAAAUUCUAAUGCGGGAGAGGGAAAAAACCCUGCGAUAUUCAGUAUUUUGAAUACGCGACUCUUCUACCAAAACCACAAAGAUAAUCAAGCCCCCAAAAGGGUGGGAAUGUUGAAGCUCUUUACUAGUGCCCCUUUGCGGUCCAAAUUUUUGGGUGCCAUGUAGACUCUUAAAAAUCUAUAUAAUCCAUCCAGAAAACAGACCGGAUUUGUGUGUGUUCAAGGGUUGGAACAUAAAGGGAAAGUGAUGGGAAGAGGAAGCUGGGAAUACAGAGUCUGACAGGAACCUUUUAGGUUGCUUAAAGAAAGCUGCCCAAAUCUCCGGUUUAAUAACUUUCCUAAAUGACUACUGAUGAAAGCCAAUGAAGGGGCAAUUGCAGCCUGUAAUUUGGAACAAAAAAAGCUUGUGGUAUGAUCUAACACUCUUGUAUGCUGUUUCCAGUGCCAGACCUGGUACUUGACUUUUUUUCCCCCCUUUGUUAGAAUUGAAAAAUUCAUGGAUUGUAACUUCCUUGGAAAAAAACACAAUUUUAUAGAAAAUAGGUUUUAAAAAUAAAAUCUCUAAUAGCA